UGAUAGAGAGAGAAGGAGAGGGAAAGCAGGCUAUGCUGCAGAUUCUUUCCUAUUGCGCUCUUUAUCUACAAUGUCCUCUCUCUGCCGCUCGGAGUGAAUAGAAAGCAAAACAGAUGUUUGAAGCAUAGUUUCGUUUCUCCCCCAACUGUCUCUAUCUUUCUCUCUUUCCUUUCUUUCUCGCUCUCCCGUUCUCUCUGUUGUGGACUUGCCUAGCCAGAGGGGCAGUAGGACUAAGUGCCUCCUGUGCACUUGUGUAUCAGUAGCUGAUGUCAACCUCACUGACAAUAACAAGAACUGAAACACUAGUUAACAUCUCGUAGACAAACCCUUGUUCGCCUGUCAUCUCGUUUCAUCAUGAAUACUUUGAAUACAGGAGCUCGGAUAUCAGGCUGCUGGACUGUAACAGGCUGCAGCGGGGGUGGAGACGGCUCCCUGGACAGACUCCUCACCUCCGUCAGCUCUGGGCUGUCACCAAGGAAACGGACUACCAGCCAGUGCAAGUCAGAACCGCCCCUGCUACGGACAUCCAAGCGGACAAUCUACACAGCCGGCCGCCCACCCUGGUAUAACGAACAUGGAACCCAGUCCAAAGAGGCCUUCGUCAUCGGUCUGUGUGGGGGCAGUGCCUCAGGGAAGACCACUGUAGCCAGGAAGAUCAUAGAGGCUCUGGAUGUCCCCUGGGUGGUUCUGCUCUCCAUGGACUCCUUCUACAAGGUUCUGACUCCUGAGCAGCAGGUCACGGCAGCCAGUAAUGACUACAACUUUGACCACCCGGAUGCCUUUGACUUUGGCCUGCUGGCACACACACUGAGGAAACUCAAAUUGGGCAAGAGUGUAAAGAUACCUGUGUAUGACUUCACCACACACGGACGCCAGAAGGACUGGAAAACAGUGUAUGGAGCCAGUGUUAUCAUCUUUGAGGGAAUCAUGGCCUUUGCAGAUAAAGAACUGUUACAGCUGCUGGACAUGAAGAUCUUUGUGGAUACUGACUCAGACAUCCGUCUGGUGCGUCGGCUGCAGAGGGACAUCACAGAGCGUGGCCGGGACAUCGAUGGAGUCAUCAAACAGUACAAUAAGUUUGUGAAGCCCGCCUUUGAGCAGUACAUCGAGCCAACCAUGCGACUGGCUGACAUUGUGGUUCCACGCGGAGGAGGCAACAUGGUGGCCAUAGACUUGAUCGUACAGCACGUCCACAGCCAGCUGGAGGAGAGGAAACUGCGCUGGGAUAUGGCGGCCCUUGCCUCUGCCCACCAGGCCCAGCCCCUCCCCCAGACCCUGAGUGUUCUGGAGAGUACACCCCAGGUCAGGGGAAUGCACACCAUAAUAAGAAACAAAGAGACAAGCAGGGAUGAGUUCAUCUUCUACUCGAAGAGACUGAUGCGUCUGCUGAUUGAACGAGCGCUUUCCUUUCUUCCCUCAGAGAGCCAUAUAGUUCAAACACCGCAGGGAGAGGACUAUGAAGGCAGGACUUUCCACGGGAAGAGGAUCACUGGAGUGUCCAUCCUGCGAGCAGGAGAGACCAUGGAGCCAGCUCUCCGGGCGGUGUGUAAAGAUGUCCGCAUCGGUAAGAUCCUGAUCCAGACCAACCAGGACACAGGAGAACCAGAGCUGCAUUAUCUGCGUCUGCCUAAGGACAUUGGUGAGGACCAUGUGAUUCUGAUGGACUGCACCGUGUCUACUGGGGCUGCUGCCAUGAUGGCCGUACGAGUCCUACUGGACCAUGAUGUCCAGGAGGAUAAGAUCCUGUUGGUGUCUCUGCUGAUGGCUGAGAUGGGGGUUCACUCUGUGGCCUACGCCUUCCCUCAGGUCCAAAUCAUCACCACCGCCGUCGACAAGAAGGUCAACGACCUCUUCCACAUCAUACCCGGCAUAGGAAAUUUCGGUGACCGGUACUUUGGCACGGACGCACCCCCAGAAUGGAGCGAUGAGGAGAUGGAUGAGCCCAGUUACUGAUGGGACAAUGGGCAGACCCAUUUGAGUGAUUCAGGGGAGCACCGUUUGGAGGAUGAUUGAGGAAUGUGCUUUUUUCCCCACUGGGCAGCUACGUACACCCCCUUAUUCUGGGGACCAAAGAAGACACCCUGGAGUACUAGAGCACCUUGAAUUUCACUGAGAUACAGAAAAUUAGUCAAAGAUUUGCAAAGGACAGUUUUUGUAUAUUUCUAUUUGAGUUUUAUGCCAAUCCUGUUGUGGGACAGUUGUAAUAGAAAAUGUAGUACUUUUUGUAAUGUGAAUGUUUGUUUGUAAAAUGUUCUAUUUUUGGUUGUUUGAAUUAUGUUUUUUGAGGGUGACCCACAUUCAAUAAGAGCUAAUUGCAAAACACACUUUUUUAUUUAUUUCUCAGAGCUUAAUUAUUAACCUUUCAGAAUGCAAUCCAAAAAAUACACAGCCAUAUUGUUAAUUCUCUCUGCUCAUAGAAAGUGCCUUCUUUCAAGGAACACUUUACCGGAAAAUUGUGUAGGCGUAACUUUUUAACUCUGGUUUCCCCUCUUCUCUGCUUCGUAGCUACUGACCAAACCACAGUCUUGCAAAUUGUUAACACUUAGUCCUCUUUUCACAGCAAGGCCUAAAUAUACUCCCACAUCCUGAUCUACCUGCUAGUCUACCUGUGAGUGGCUCCUCCACCCAUGCCCCGCAGCUCGGUUAGCCUUGACCGCUUUCAUUGCCCUUAAACAUCAGCACUUUAUUCAUGAAGGUUCCUCUGUCUGCGUAUAAUUCUGGGCCUAUGCUGCCUAUCAUAAUGAGGCCUUACAACUGUUGUUGUCAUGCUUAAUGUUUCCUAGUGACAUCGGCAUAGGCUACACCACCUAGACCUACAUUUCAUUUGUGCUUUGUCUGCAACAUAGAGACGAGAGAGACGGAGAAAAUGUACAGGAAGGAUAUGGUGGUUGUCCUCUUCUCAUGGAAACUAACCUUGAUAUCUUCCAUCACUUUCAUCACUAACCCACCGCUGACACCAAGAAGGCGGUGGGAUAAAUAUAGGAUGACACUGACUUAAACGGUAGGCUACUGGGCUAUUAAACCAAAAAGUUUUACAAUUCAGAAUAAGCCUGCAGUUCUAAUGAGCGCUGCUGCGGUGCCCUGGAAAGAUGGAUCAUGGUUGUGAGGACAGUCACCAAGACACAUGUCUGCUGCAGAGGUAAAACUCCCACGCCAGGGUUGCAAGGUAGGGCUGUCUGACAAAUGGCGAAACAUUGUGUAGGUUAAUAUUAUUCCUAGAACAGAUUUAAGAGCUUUAUGAAAUUCUCUUUUUAUUUCUGAUCAGGUUAUUACAUUUGGGAAUUUUAAAGGUUGCAUAGGCUAAUAAUUAGCCUACAUCAUUCAGUUUUUGGAGGGUUUGAAAUGGAAUGUGUUUUGAAUUUUACUCUACAUUUAAAUUGAUUUAUGGAAAUUAAAUUGAAUUUAAGCUUGAUCUGAGCUUUUAAAACUGUCACAUAAUGGUUUCAUGAUUCUGCAGACCACAAUCAAAUAAACCAUGUACAUACCAGUACUAUAGCUGAAA